CAUCUUUAGAGCGACGAGGAAAGGCGUACGCGGAGCCGGCAACCCGGCUCUCUACUGUGCGCGAGGACGACGACGCGUGCUUCGCACGUCCAGCAGCAGCCGGCGAUGGAGAUGAGUGCGUCUGCGGACAGGAACUGUUGUUAGCCGACGGCUCCGCUGAAGGGAGCCGUUCGGAGGUGGAGAAGCAGUUUCGCGAAGCUAUUACCUAGCUUAGCCUGUAAUUUUGAGUUUCGCACCAGUUUCACCCUUUCGACAGCGUCAGCAAGCGAGAGCCCCGUUGUGCCCGAGUGCUGUUGUGUCUAGGUGACGGCGUACAACACGUGAACAGUGCCGGGCCCGAGGAGCCACUAGAGUUUUAACCAGCAGCCACCGUGACACGAAUGCUGUCACUGCGGCUGGUCUCCUGCCGGUUCCUCAAGCAACCAUAAGAAGGGGACUACUUGAGACGUUUCAGUGUUGCCAUGUAACUCACUCAUUCGUUGUGCUUCACCAAGUGUGUUGUGUUCCUGUGAUCCAUUAUUCAUCACCUCGUCUUAGUAACAUCAUCAUACUGACCCUCAGGUGCAGUGGACGGCGGCUGCCAGGCUGGCCUGUGAGUUAGAACGUCACAGCUUGAGGAUGCGCAAACCCACUUUUUGCACAGACGUCACAGUUGCUGAAAUGACCUCGGCUAAUCAGAAUAUAGAAGUGUGCGGGGAGAGCCGCAUGGAACGGGUGCGCAAGCUGCUAGGCUCACCACAUGCCCGUCGCAAGUCUGGUACUCUGGCACUUCGCAUCUUUGGCGCACCUCUUGACUCCCUAUCACAACAUGGCUCAGUGCCAUUUGUGGUUGUCCGCCUGUGCCAGUACAUAGAAAAGACAGGCAUGGGACAAGAGGGCCUCUUUCGGGUGAGCGGCAAUGCCCGUCUGGUUGAGAAGCUGCGCUGGAGCUUCGACCAGUCAGGCGACGCACCUCUGGAGGCCGAGGGGGAUGUAGCAGUGGCUGCUGCCCUGCUUAAGCUGCUUUUCCGUGAGCUGCCCGAGCCUUUGGUGCCCACGGACAUGCAUCAAGCUUUCCUGGAUGCCAUCCAGGUCACUGUGCAUGACAGAGAAGAGUGCACACGACGCCUCAAGUGCCUCGUGGAGCAGCUGCCGCCAAGCAACUUUGCCGUGCUCAAAUACCUCUGCCACUUCCUGAGCCGAGUGGCUGAGCUGGAGGAGCACACACGCAUGAACCCCAGUGCCCUUGGCAUUGUCUUUGGACCAAACCUCUUCAGGUUCAGUGAAGACCUGCAGGGCUUAAAGGAGCAGGCUGUCACCAACCAGGUGGUGACAUAUUUCAUUGACCACUACAAUUCCAUCUUCGAAGGUGAUGCAGAGCUCUCAUGCACAGCUGAUGCUUCCAUGAACAUUCAAGGUGGCAGCACCGGCACCAGUAGCAAAUGCAGCGGAAGGAUGAUGCAGCCCCUUACUGUUGUCAUUCCUCCGUUGGAUGAAGCCAUGCUGGCGCUGAAACAAGAUACGCUUAGUGCGGUGCCUACGCUCAUGAUUGACAGUUUGAUUGAUGACCGCUGUAACCAGGCCAUUACGUACAGGGCAGCCAAAGAAGGAAGCUCAAGUGGAGCUGCCAUACCAGGUCGCAGCUGUAAGCGCAAGGAGCGCAGGAUCUCUGGUGAAGACACUCCAGCCCCACGGUCGAGCUCCGAGGAGAGGCCAGCCACUGGCCUUCGUGUGGAGCCUGAAUUGGCAUCUCGUCGAUGCAGCAGCCAUGAGGAAGUCACCACACUGGAAACAAUGCAUGGAUAUUUCCCUCAGAUGGCAUCUGGGAGCAGUGGCCGAGCAGGGGCGCCUGGAGAUGACUCAAAUCACGACUUGAGCCCACACCCACCGCAACCCAAGAGGCGUGAAAUUGAGACACCUUCCAGCCCCUGCCCAGAGAGUUCACAGGAGUGGCGUGAGGCCUGCCGAAAUGUGGAACGGCCUAGCCCGCUGCAUUUGCAAGAUGUUCGGUACCAGGGCACACGACCCGAGGCAGCUGAAGAGGGCUCCGCAGACCGCCCCAUGGUGGACAUCGACGAGCCCUGUCAUCCACCAUGUGAUGGGCGCGAGGCUAACGGGAGCCCAGAGGAAGCAGAUGGCUCGGUACCCAACACGCCCAGCACUCUGAGCAAGGACAGCAUCCCACCGCUGGACCUCAACAGCUUCCGUGAGGAAGAACCUGUUCUAUCGGAACAUCGGUUUAGCUGGCCCAUGGUUCAGGCCCUCGCUGAUGAAGAGCCAGUAAUGCCAUAUCUCCAGAAAGCCAAUUCUUAUGAGGCUCCACUGUCACCAAGUGCUUACAGGAGCUACCUGUCUCAUAGAAGCCUCCACCUGGAUCCAAACCUGCCGCCAUCUCCUCCUGUUGAGCAAGAUGAAUUCCUCAAAUCGAACUUUAAGGAUGAAGAAGCCAGCCAAACGACUGUAAAGCAACUGUCCAAGAGAGUCCAUUGGUUGAAAAAGAAGGUGAAACAGUUUGAAGAAAAUUUUGAAAAAGAACAUGGAUAUAGGCCAUCUCAUGCAGAGAAAAUGAACCAUGCUGAAAUGAAGAGGACCUUGCUUGAACUGAACAAGCUGCGAAAGGAUUUGAAGAAUGCGAAGGAGGAGAAUAGCCUUCCAGAGCCUGCCUACCUGACCUUUUCAUCGUGGGGUCGGGACUCACUCAGAGGGCUGUGUGAUAUGGACAAUGGUUCAGCCAAGCCGACCCAAAUGAUGGAGAAAGCACUGAGUGACACCCUCAUGUGCCUGGCCGAAAAGCGCAGGGUUGCUCAGCGUCCAGACUGUGUGGAUGACAUGACACGUGAGCAGGUGCUGGAGGAGAAGCUGGCACUGCAGAAGGCGCUUCUGCACUUUGAGAGUGUGCACGGCCGGCCCUCGCGACGCGCUGAUCGCAAUUUGAUGCGCCCACUGUAUGACCGGUAUCGGAGUGUCAAGCGCCUGGUGGGCAGGAACCCCCUGGCCAAGGGCAAGGACUCUGAGCUGCAGCCCAUCCUGGAGCACGUUGCCAUGAACUUCACCUCCCCACAGCCCCGGUCCCCGCCCCAGGAGCUCGAAGAAGUUGUAGAUGAUGCGACUCCUGUUUCUGCGAUGGCACAAAGUGAGGCAAUGAGUGAUAUGGAAGAACCGGUCACAAGCAAAAAAGAAGUGGUUGAGCAGAUGGUGCUGGACAAGUGCAGCGAUUCCAACCUGCAUGAGCUUCCUCUGGCGGAGCUGCUCCAGCAGCAGCAACAAACAAAGCUUGAAAAACGCCGGCUUCGGAAGUUGCUGAGAGAAUUUGAAGAGGAAUUUCAGAAGCAAACUGGGAGGAAAGUGCAAAAGGAAGAUAAGGCCCCAAUGGACUCCGUGUACUGCGAGUACAAGCAUGUCAAGGCCCGGAUGCGACUGUUGGAGGUGCUCGUCUCUAAACAUGAACAUCGACGUGAAAUAUGAAGCUGGCAGACGUCGUCUGUGUGCAACCCAAUCUUUAUUGAUUCUUUUCCUUUCUUCCUCUCACUGAGGGUGGCACUCCCCCAUGUUGGAACCACAUGAUCAUGUGCUGUGGAGUGAAUGCGUAGUUCCGUGGCAGCCAUCGAGGUUCAGAUACAGCAUUUUUAUUACUGUGCUUCUGUGGGUGGCAGCAUGAGAACACGUUUCUUUCUUUUCCCUGUCUUUUUCUUCUGCUUUUUUUUUCCUACAACAAAAUAUGGAACAGGAAAUCCAUAAGUGCAUUGCAUACAUAGUCUUAACCGUUAAGCCAUCAUAACAUCUUUUCUACUCUGUGGCAUUGCUGUUGAUUCAUUCUUUGUUGUUGGUUUUCAAGAAAAGAGGUGUUUUAGUUUCAUGCCUCCAUGAGAAGCUUCCACUGCUCUGGAGCUUUUGUAAUGUGUGAUGCCACACAAGUAUGUGGCCUUAUGGUUGACAAUUUAUUGUGAGGAUAAGCCCAUUUUUUGAUGUUCUUGUCCAGCAGAGCUGUAGGCCUGAAACCGUGAUAUGCAAAUAGAUGCAGUCACCUGCUGCAUCUCUUGGAGUUGGCACUGUGUUCACCUGAUUGAUGUGACAUGUUCAUAUUGGCAGUAGAUUAAUUCUCUCACAAAUAGAGUAAAGGUUGUGCAUUUAUGCACAUGCGUGAGCUUUGGAUGAUGCACAUGAUUAUGAUGAUGCACAUACAUACGUCAUUCAUUAUGUAUGAUGCAUACUAGAGCAUAGAAUUGCCGUCACAUAGAUAUUUCAUUUCCAAUUUCUUGCCUGUAAGGCGUGCUGUCUUGAAAACGUGACACAACACCGUUGCGGCAACUUUUGUGCACUUGCCAAAAUAAUGUUUGUAGCACAUAUUUUAAUUUGGCUAAGAUUGCACUGCAGGCUGCAUUUUUUCUUACGGCAGUUAAUUUUCUCAUCAGUGUGAACCAAUCUAGUGGAUAGAAAAAAGAACACUGUGUCAAUUCCAGCAGCAUUUUUUUUUUAUGCACUCAAUUUCGGUGAUUGCUUUCUUUUGCAGAAUAUUGUUGUUACACUUGCUAGAAGUAAGCUUGUGGCAUUUUUUAUUGUUUGUACUUGUCAUUGUGCGUGCAUGCCUUCCUGGUUGCCUGGGAUGCAUGGGUGUAAUGUGAUGGCCUUUGGUAGCUUUUGUUCAAAGGCAGUGCUUAGAAAUAGUCAGGUUGCCUUGGCCACCUUUUUUAGCUCUUGUUUUAGCAUUGCAUCUUUCGAGGCGUGCUUGGCUUUAAUAGUUAGCAGAUUUGGUGGCAUACAGCAAGUGCCAGGCUUCCUGGCAGAUUGCUGGCUCCAAGGACACCACUGCUUGUUUUUGACGAUCGAGUGCCUUGAUCGGAUGGAACGGGACAAAAUGUUGUUUCUUAGCCAAGUAGCCAAGAACGGUGUUCCCUUUCUGUUUUAUCAUGUGCACGUGUGCGUCUGUUUGCUUGUAGACUGUUUGGUAUAUAUUGUACCUGACAUAUGUGUAUGUAGUUGUCAACAUGGGUUAUACCUGUUCUUUAGAGGCAUGAUACUACAAGCCACGGCAUUUUUAGUCUCCACAUGCUAUGUGUGUGACAUGGUAACUGCGGCCAUGUUGUGCGUGUGGCUAGUCUAGUGAACCUUUCCUCACUUGAGUUUAUGAAUUCUAUGGACCCAGUGUGAUGCUACGUUCAUGUGCCUUUUUAUUUUUAUUUUUUUUGUGUCUUUUUACAUUCACCUGGACAUGCAGUUAGAGGUUUCUUUUUCUUCUUUAUGUAGGAAGGAAGUGGUGCAGUGUCUGCAAGCAAGCUUUCAGAUGAUAUUUUGAGUAUGCAAAGUGCUGUAUAAAUAUUAAAUAUAUACAUACAUAUAUUAUAUAUAUAUACAUAUACAUACAUAUACAUAUAUAAAUAUUAUUUGUCCAAGUGUCCGUACAUAGACUAAACCUGAAAUGUUCAUGGAUGACAGUAUUAUGUGUGAGAAUGUUGUUGGAUGGAUGAUUGGACACGUUAUUUAUGGCAGUGAAUGUGAUGCUGUGAGCAUUAAAGAGUUUCUUGAGAGUG